AAACCGUGUACGCACCUCGAAUGAACCAAGAAAGUCGAAUUGUUGAUUUUCAAGAAAUAUAACAAAAUCGCACUGAGGUACUUAUAGCGGAUCCAAGAAAAAAGCGCGGUUGCGCCGCGAUUUUAAAACUUAAUCACAAAAGUUAUCAUUGCGCUAGCCGCUGCGCGAUUUUACAUCAGAGUGCGAUCACUGUAAGAAAACAUUAUCGCUCCGUGAACACGAAUAAAAAAUGAGUUAGUCGUGAUCGCGCAGCAGUGACUUCUUAGCGGUCGCGGCGUGAGUUAGGCGAUUGGGAUUUGCGCCGUGAAUGAAGCAAGAAAGUCGACUUGGACAGGUUAGCUUUUAAAAUCUGAUUUUUGUAUACAUUUUAGAUAUGAUUGAAGAAGAUUCUGACUAUUCUUACGAGUUAUUGAGACAAACUCAUGUCGAAGAAUGUGCAAAACUAAUAUCAGAAGCAUUUGUCGACAAUGAACCCCUUGCUUUUUAUUCCAAAAUGACAAAAGAAGAAUUUUACGAUUAUAUUCAUCCGCUUAUCAAAUCACUAUUAGAAGAACAAUUAUCAUUUAUUGUUUUUGACAAACAAACGAAUCAGAUUGUCAGCUGUUUACUUAGCGGGGACUUGUAUCUACAACAUCAACACACGUCAUAUUAUGAAGACGAUGAUCCAGUAACUGAUUUAUUGGCAGAGUUAGAUGAACGAUUUCUAGUUGAAUUUCAAAAAACAAAUAAAUUUAAAGAAAAAACAAUUCUACAUGUUUAUUACGGUGCAACUAAACAAGAUUUUUGUGGAAAAGUUUUAGUUAUUUGUUUAUUAUGUGUUCGUAUUAAUAACGCGUCCUUUUUAACACCAGUGUCACCUUCACCACCUACGCCUGAGCAUAUGACGAUAGAUCCUUGCACACAAAAUGAUGUGCAAAAACUAUUACCGCUUGCACAGACAAUGGCUCGUGCUCGACUGGAUGGCAUGUAUCUUCCGAGUGUACAACAUAUGAUGCAAGGAAUAGAUGGCUAUGAACAAGGAUUUACUGUUCGACAGCUAUAUAUUAAUGAUGAGUAUUUUUGUAUACUCUAUUGGAAUGAUAUUCUAUUAGCCUACAAUAAAAAUCGUGAUUCACAAAUUCUGGCCUGUGAGGCUGCAUACAAACUUAUGAUUGCCACAUUCAAAAUGAAAACAUGGGCAUUGAGACCAGUUUCUACACCAUGCCGUAGUAAUGCAGAAAUCUAUGAAGGAUCAAGAUGCAUUUUAGAAAUGAAUUAA